AUGUCGGAAUUUUCGCCUCCCCCCCCGCUCCAUGGGCAGCCGCAUGCUGAAUCCCAGUUUGAAAACAUGGUGGAUAUUGAAAGCAGCCCGUGCCCACGUCGCUCAGUGUCCUCCUCUUCAUUAUCAGCAACGCCAAGCUCUUUCUUCUCGACAGGACCUUUACUUCCUGCUAGAGAAAUUGACCUUGAAGCCAGCCCGAGCCAUAGUGAGAUUGCCUCUUUCCCACAUCAUAUCUUCAAGCACAGCCUGCGGUUUGCCACUCCGCCGAAGACAAAGCCUUCACGGAAAGCGUGGUGGUGGAAGAAAGGGCUACGGGUCAAAGAGAAGGGCGGGAACGAACGACUGCGUUGGAUAUGUCGACUAUGUGCAAGAAGGAAGUGCCGUCUCCCUCUUGACUAUAACUUUGCCUCAGAUGGCACAGCAAACAUCGAGAGGCACCUCUUAAAACGUCAUGGUAUUUAUGACGUAUCUGGCAAUAAAACGAAGCCGAUCUCCGUCUCGGAAAACCUUGCAACAGCGUACAACAUUAACACCGGAAGUAACAAUGGACAGACUGUCUUGUACAAUAUGCUUAGUAAAGUCGGAAAAUCCAAUACGUUGGAUGAGCUCCUAAUCGAAUGGGUUACUUCUGAGAACCUACCUUUCCGCGUCGUCGAGAGCAGCUGUUUCCAAAACAUCGUCCUCCAUCUUAAUCCCGCUUUUAAAGGCCGACUACCUUCCGCAAUGGUCCUUCGGGAUAGACUAGAUAGCUUGUACAAGCAAGCACAAGGGCCGGUUACAGAGCUUCUCGCGACAGCCCGGGGGAGAAUUCACAUUGGAGUCAUCGCAAGCUACUUCUUGGGUUGCCCUCAAUCCAAGGAAGACACAGUGGAGAGAAUCUUGCAGAAGAGGUGGCAAGUGUGCUUGCAGACAGACUUUGGGAUUGGCGCUUCUCGAUUGGGCUACUUCGUCCUUGAUAACGCUCGUAACAACGAUACAGCAGUCGCAGCCCUUGCUGAUGAAUUCAACUUUGAUCCCGGCCAUCGCCGUCUCCGCUGCCUCGGCCACAUCCUCAACCUAGUGGUAAAGCAGCUGAUUUUUGGCGCCACUGCCAAUGCGAUGGAGACGGAGGACGACGCCGACUUCGAUUUCGAUACUGCUAGCGAUGAGUUGAAGAAGUGGAGGAAGAGAGGGCCCGUUGGACCGCUCCACAACUUCGUCGGUGCUAUCAACAACUCUCCACAGCUCGUUCAACUGCUCCUUGAAUGGCAGAAGGAAGACAUCGCGUCCGGUAAACUCGGCUACAUUGAUGACAUAACAGGAAAGAUUAGGAAGCCUCUUAUGCCUGUAUCUGAUAACGAAACCCGGUGGAACUCGAGGUACAGGAUGAUGCAGCGUGCCAAGCUGCUCCGUUCUUAUUUUUCUCGGUUGGUGAUAUACAUUCAAGAACAAUGGGAGUGCGACAGGCUGCGAAAGAAGGGCAUUAAAAAGCCCACGAUUCUUGAUGAUAAGCUAGAAGACAGUGAUUGGGAUAUUAUUGAGGCGUUUCUGAAGGUCCUUGGCGCUUUUGACGCCCUCUCAACCCGUCUACAGGGCAAUGGCGAGACUGAUGAGGACGGUCACAUCCGGUCCGGCGCGUUCUGGGAAUACUUUCAAUCUUUUGAGUUCCUGCUGAACCACCUCGAGAAGCUAAAGAUGAAUGUCGACCUAGUCGAUGGGCUGGAAUCCAAGUCAGUCAACAUAGUGCGGAGCCAUAUUAAUCUGGCUUGGGAGAAACUAGACAGUUAUUACCAGAAGCUGUGUCCGCCCGCGUACGCCGCUGCCAUUGUACUGCAUCCUUGUUAUGGAUGGGCGGCGCUAGCGAAGUAUUUCAAAGGUAAUCCUAAUGCGAAGGAGUGGCUUGUAGAAUAUAAGCAUUCAGUCAAGAAAUUAUGGGAGAAAGACUAUCAGAAUAUGCCUUUGGAGUCCCCCCAUACGGCCUCCUUAAAAUCGAUUCCUCACAAAAGACGCAGUGAGUUUGAGACCUUCCUUGACUUGGCAAUGGAAGACGAUGAGGAUGAUACGGUGGCUAUGGAUGGGGGCAUAGAUCCCUUCCUUGACGAGUACGAGAGGUAUUGCAGGACAUGGAAGCGUGCAGAUCCUCAGCUCUAUCGAGAGAACCCGUAUUUAUGGUGGAAGGCACGCGAGAAAGAAUACCCAAGGCUUUCUCGUAUGGCCAGCAAUGUUUUGUCUAUCCCUGCGAUGUCUGCACAGACGGAGCGAGAGUUUAGCAGAGACCCAAUCAACUACACGACUUACACUGGUUGA